GCAGGAAACACAGAUUAUUAUUCCAUUUCUGAGAAGAAGAUAUACUGAGAGGCAAAGUGUAAGAAUCAGCCUAAAACCACCACAUCCACUGAGAGAGGACAGCUGCAGGAGUAAACACUGGAUUUACUGGAAUACCGAAUACUUUAACCUGCAGCUGAUUCCAUAUAAUGAACUGGAGGAGCCACGACUCAAAGUGAAAGUAACUUUAAAGGAGACUUCUGAAACGACUGACUUCCCUGUCUGCUCUCUACGUUUUCAACUUCACUCAGAGACCAAAUGUUUUCCAUUUCCGAGGAUCUCUCCUGUCCUGUCUGCCAUGACAUCUUCAAAGAUCCUGUUGUCCUGACAUGUAGCCACAGCUUCUGCAAAGACUGUCUGCAGACAUGGUGGAGUGGGAAACAGAGACUUCAGUGUCCAUGCUGUAAGACAAGGCAUUCAAACAGAGAUCCACCUUGUAACCUGGUGUUAAAGAACCUGUGUGAGGCCUUUUUACUGGAGAGAGAUCAGGGAGCUUCUCCAGGAUCUGAAGCUCUCUGCAGUCUGCAUUCUGAGAAACUCAAACUCUUCUGUCUGGACCAUCAGCAGCCAGUGUGUGUCGUCUGUCGUGACUCAAAAACACACAACAAUCACAGAUUCAGACCCAUAGACGAAGCUGCACAGGAUCACAGAGAGGAGCUCCGCAAAGCCCUGAAGCCCUUACAGGAGAAACUGAAGCUCUUUGAAGAGGUGAAAGGAAACUGUGAUCAAACAGCAGAACACAUUAAAGCCCAGGCUCGACACACAGAGAGGCGGAUUAAGGAGCAGUUUAAGAAGCUUCAUCAGUUUCUACAAGAGGAAGAGGAGGCCAGGAUCACUGCUCUGAGGGAGGAAGAGGAGCAGAAGAGUCAGAUGAUAAAGGAGCAGACUGAGGUUCUGGGCAAAGAGAAAGCAGCUCUUUCAGAUGCAAUCAGAGGCACAGAGGAGGAACUGAGAGCUGAAGACAUCUCAUUCCUGCAGAACUACAAGGCUGUGGUGGAAAGAGUCCAGCAGUGCCCCCUGCUGGAUGAUCCACAGCUGGUCUCAGGAGCUCUGAUAGACGAGGCCAAGCACCUGGGCAACCUGGCCUUUAACAUCUGGAACAAGAUGAAGGAGAUGGUCUCCUACACUCCUGUGAUUCUGGAUCCAAACACAGCAGACCCAGAACUCUUCGUGUCUGAAGAUUUGACCAGUGUGAGACGUGGAGAGAGACAGCAGCUUCCAAAAAACCCGAAGAGAACCAAAUUCUCCUGCUCCGUCCGCAGCUUUGAAGGCUUUAAUUCAGGGACACACAGCUGGGAUGUUGAGGUUGGAGACAACAAGGACUGGGAACUGGGCAUGUUGGGAGAGUACAUCUGGAUGAACGGACGACUACAGUCUGGAUUGUGGAGAAUUUUGUUCUCUAAUGGUAAAUUCACAGCAUUCUCCACCUCAGAGCCAGAGAAAGAUCUGACGGUGAAGAAGAAGCUCUGGAGGGUCAGAGUUCAUCUGGAUUUUGACAAAGGAAAGCUGUCAUUCUCUGAUCUUGAUACUAACACACACAUACACACCUUCACACACACCUUCACUGACAACCUGUUUCCAUACAUUUACACUGAGAAUCAUGUCCCAGUGAGGAUUUUACCAGUGAAAGUCUCUGUGAUGGUGGAAAAGCAUAAUUAGGGAUUAUUAUGAUAGGGUUGAGCAAUGUAACAAUAUCUGCUUUGAGAUUCAAAUUUGUCAAUUGUCAUGGAUUUUUGUUCACUGUUUGUGUUAGGCCACUGGACAUAUCAACAAGCAGGGCUGUUUUAUGGAAAUUUUGGAUUUACAGGAAUGGGCAAUGGUGUACUUGCAUAGUCAUGUCCACGUGCAAAUGAUGCACAUGUACCAAUGUGUGAUGUUAAGUUACUGCAGAAUGUUUGCACUGGAGAUGUCUUUGUUACCUCCUGUUUGGUACUACAAAGCAAGACUCUUUCUUCAAUCUCCUGACCAUUGUCUUCACGUGCAACUAUCUCCAUCAGUAUCAGAAUUUGCAGGCGAAAACACGAGCAAGCCAAGUUGACCGAUAUCAGUUCUUUUGUCUCCAUGGGGUAUCUACUUGGCCGCCAAAGCCUGAAAGUGUAGUUACCUUUGUGAGGCUGUGCACAUCAACUACAGUGCAGCUUCAGUGGCGGAGCUGCGGAGCUCGGUGCAACCUCUUCACAUACCACCAUAAAUCAGGUUUAACACCUUGGUGUUGUAACAGCUACAAUGCAUAGCAUCCUAUGCUACACACCUAACAUAUUAAUUAGUUAUCAAUUUGAAAAAGUGAUCGCUAAUGUGUUAGCAACUGCUCAGACAUUCCUGGGACAUGUAUAUAGUAGCAUAGCAGGCAUGUUUUUUAAUGCCUUUAAACAGAUUUUCAGUACGUUCUAUCGAUUUUUGAAGCGAGUUUCCGAAAGAUUACUAUAUAUUUACAGAUUUCCCAAAAUCAAACACUGUAUACUGCAAAUGCUUGUACUUUUUUAACUUUUGCAAUGCGUCUGUCUUAACAAUAAACUGCUGACUUAAAACUGACAACACUGUCUAAAAGUUGCAAAACUUGCACUUGGGGUGUUAAUGAGGUUUGUGAUUUUGGGCUAUUUAAUAAAAUUGACUUGACUUAAACCAGAUUAUAACAACAACAAAGGCUCAAUACUGUACAGACACAUUUACCCAGCUCUAGUUAAAAGUGAUGGUCCUGGGACUCCACAGGGCUGAUCCUGACAGCAAUGUUGAACAUUCUGACGUCGCUGAUAUUGAUUCUACUUUUUUUAAGACUUUAAGAUGGCUGGGCUUGGGUGACGAUUAAAAUGUUGAUAAUGCUGAUUUUGAACACAAUUUUCUUAAUAUUUAUAGUGGUGAUGAAGUUGCAAUGAUGUUUUUACAAAUACCAUGACACAGCAUCUUUACUUUCUUUGUGCAAUUCUUUUUGAAGCGGGAUGUUGGGACAUUACGCUGUGAGAAACCACUGGCAAAUCAGUCAACGAGAAGGAGGAGGUUUCAUCUGACAGCGCAGGCAAAAGGGUGGCAAAAAUCAGUAUGAAUGUCAACUCAACUAAUGAAAUGAAAGCAAAAACCAAAUCUUGUGUUUUCUCUGUUUUUUUUCUUUGGAUCAUUUUGAUUGUGGGACAAAUAAAAAUGAGGUUAAAAGAACAGUUUACAU